GAUAUUUUAAGCUUGUUCGUCUCCGCUGAAUGUGCAGUGUUUACGUCUGAUUUGCCCGUUUGCCUGCACACUCGGCGCGAUUUCACAGCCUAAUAAGUAUCAAGUCAAUUAGGUGAAGUGAAAGGCGGGUGCUCUCAGCUGUCUUUCUGUUCUCCUCCAUCUCACAUCUCACCAUGGCCUCCACACUCUUUAGCCGUCAGCUGGCUCUGACUCUGCAGCAUAACCUGCGUCUCACAGCUCCAGGCUGCAGGUAUGUUAGCAAAACUGCGACAAAGACUGUGUCAGAGUUCGAGUACGAUGCUCCGUCCAUGAAGACUGAGGUACCUGGACCCCGGUCCAAGGAAUUGCUAAAACAGCUGGGAGAGAUCCAGAAUGUCGGCGCCGUCAAUUUCUUCUGUAAUUACGAGGAAAGCCGGGGAAACUACCUGGUGGACGUGGACGGCAAUCGAAUGCUCGAUAUGUACACUCAGAUUUCCUCCAUUCCCAUAGGUUACAAUCAUCCAUCUUUGCUUAAAGUCAUGGCCAAUCCAAACAACAUGAGCACUUUUGUCAACCGUCCAGCCCUUGGAAUCCUGCCACCUGAGAACUUCCCAGAAAAACUCAACGAGAGCCUCCUGUCGAUCGCUCCCAGUGGUAUGAGCAGGGUUCAGACCAUGGCGUGCGGUUCCUGCUCCAAUGAGAACGCGUUCAAGGCCAUGUUCAUCUGGUACAGGAACAAAGAGAGAGGACACAACACCCCCUCCCAGGAGGAUGAGACCUCGUGCAUGAUUAACCAGUCUCCAGGCUGUCCUGAUCUCAGCAUUCUCUCCUUUAUGGGAGCAUUUCAUGGUAGAACGCUGGGUUGCUUGGCAACAACACACUCCAAAGUUAUCCACAAACUGGACGUGCCCUCCUUUGACUGGCCCAUCGCCCCCUUCCCCAAACUGCAGUACCCCCUUGAGGAGUUCGUGAGGGAGAAUGCACAGGAGGAGGCUCGUUGUCUGGAGGAGGUGGAAGACCUCAUUGUGAAGUGGAGACAGAAGGGCAAACCGGUGGCUGGCAUUGUGAUUGAGCCCAUCCAGGCAGAAGGAGGAGACAAUCACGCCUCUCCCGACUUCUUCAUCAAACUCCGCCACAUCGCACGCAAGCAUGGUUCCGCGUUCCUCGUAGAUGAGGUUCAGACAGGUGGCGGCUGCACGGGCAAAUUGUGGGCCCACGAGCACUGGGGUAUGGAUGACCCUGCUGACAUGGUCUCCUUCAGUAAGAAACUUCUGACAGGGGGUUACUACCACAAAGACGAGUUCCAAGCAGACAAGCCCUACAGAAUCUUUAACACGUGGAUGGGAGAUCCCUCGAAGAAUCUCUUCCUGACUGAGGUGCUGAACGUGAUCAGGCGAGAGAGCCUUCUGGAAGAGGUCACUCGCUCCGGCAAGGCUCUGCUGGAAGGCCUGUACGCGCUGCAGGCUCAGUACCCUCACAUACUGAGCCGGGCCCGUGGGCAAGGAACAUUCUGUGCUAUCGAUGCUUGUGAUGACGUCACACGCAACAAACUGAUGGUUAAGACCAGAGACAGGGGAGUUAUUCUGGGCGUGUGUGGAGAAAGGUCUCUGCGUUUCCGUCCUGCUCUGGUCUUCAAAGAGUACCACGUCCAUCAGUUCCUCAACAUCUUCAACGAUAUCUUAGCUGAGCACAAAUAGACUUCUGCAGACCUGGCUGGCCCAAAACCAAGAGACGCCAAGAUCCAGUAAACCCCAACGCUGGGGUUCCCACCAUCUCAUCUCAGUCCUGGUUCACUAUCACUCUCGCUCUCUCUCUCUCUCUCACUCACUCACUCACUCUUUCUCUCUCUCUCUCAGCCAUCUUUUCUUUUCUAUCUUUCUGCCUCUCGUUAAUUCAUGGGAACCAAAACAUUCAUGCCAGUAAUUCAUUUCUUCUUGAUCCUAGACAAUACUCACCCCAGUCCAUUACGUUUAGAAUAUCCCCACUGCCUGGGACAAAGCACAAACUCAGAUAUAUAUAUAUUUUGGAAAUGUUUUCAUUCACGCAUAUUCGCAAUUGUCACUCAAUGUUAAGAGAGCACAUCUGUGGUGUUGUUUUCAAGCAAUAGGAGGAAAAACAUCAAAUUAAAUCAUUUGCACCCGAUACCCACAGAGCAGCUACAAGGUCAGUGUGACAUUUCCAUUAAUAAAAAGCAAAGAACAAACAAACAAACAAAAAACAGCACAGAGCACAAGAUAAUGGGAGGCUUCCUUCCCCCUUAAAAUGGUCCAAACACAAACGCUGCCUGGUACACGAGUAGUAGCAUCGGUGUGUGUAAUGUACCGACCAUGUCUUAAGAAGCCCUCCAAUCACCACGCGGCUCCAGCCGAACGCUGCAACUCAGACGAGGCUCCCUGUUAAGACCUCAUACACAUACACGUGGUAUUACUUACUCACACUGUGUAUAGGAUGAAAAAUAAUUAUUUUUUCAUUCAUAAGAGAAUAAAACUCUAAUGUAUAGAUAAGUAAUCACUGCUAUUUUAACACUAAGACCCAUAUAUGCCACAUAUUCAGUGGAGGAAUCGCUUUCUGACUUCCUAAUUCAAAAGAACCUGCUGCUAAAAAAAAAAAAAAAAAAGUUUUCAGAGUUGAGGUAAUAGUGUUGGGGGGGGAGGUUCUGACAGGGUGUAGGGUGAAUUACAGAAAGGAAGAUGUCACAGAGACAAGUUAAAAUGAUGCUCCUUCUAACUUGGAACUCAGAAUGCUGCACAAUAUUUAAAUCAUAUUAUUCAAACGAGGUGUUUCCCACAUCCUGUUUUCUCAUAUGAAAAGAAUAGCAGGUGAGGAAGCUCUUCAACAGCAAGCAACCACUGUUCCCGCUCCGAGACUUCCUUUCAAUUAAGACUUACUUUUUUUGAAAUUCAAAUCCAACAGACAUCAGACUAUUUUGCAUAAAGCACGUGGAGUAACAGACAUUACAGGGUCAUUCCUGGCGUGGACAAUGUUUUGGUGCAGGCUUCGACUCGUUUGUCUGCAUGCGUGUGUUCAUCGUUCUCAUCGGUACACAGUGUCCAGCAGUUAGACUGUAAUGUGCGAUAUAAGGAUACGUAUGCUUGCGAUUUGUUUGAGGUGUCUGGUAACCAGCAAUAGCCAAUGACAGUUCAAAGUCCAGAGAAACACGUCCCCCUCAUACCGGUCCGAUGCCAUGCGGACACGGUGGAAUGACCAACGCGUUUGUUAAUAAAAAAUUAAGGUUUAGUCUCUUGUUCUGCGGAAUCCCAAAGCUGAUUUGACAUGUAGGUUGAUAUCCAAGCUUUCACCUCGUUUCCCGACAUUUUGAAGAUUUAAAGAUUUAGUUUUAGAUGUGGGAGAUGUUCCGAAAUAAUGAGAAAUGUAGCUAAGAACACUGGUAGAGCGAUGCACCGUCACGGUUCGAUCGAUAGCCCUGCCCUUCGACUCCUCCCCGUUGACCGUACCGUACUGAGCCCAGGGUACAACAGCAUACAUCUCGUUUACAUUUUCAGGACGCUCCAUCCUUUCGUCACGAAUAUAAAUAUGUUCAAAACAUGUCAACGUCCGUUUAUAUUUGAGGGGUGAAGCAGGGAGUAGAAUAGAAGAGCCGGGCGGAACAUAUUCAGUGGUAUCAAUGUUCUACAUGUUUUUCUAGUGACCUGUGCAUUGCUGCAUUCCUGUGACCUAGCCAGCCCCCGUUUGUCGGUGCACAGUGCGAUGUUGUUAAUGUUGUUCUUCAGUGUAUUUUUUUGUUUUGUUUUGUUUUAUUUUUGUUAAAAAAAUUUUUUUAAAAAGACGGGCAGCAAACAUCGCGGCUUCUCUUAUAGCUGUAGAGGUCCCAGUAAGAGGUUUCUGUGCCUGUGUUUCUUGGCAAAAGUCCGUAUUAUAGAGAAAAAGAUGUGUAUCAUUAAUUAUCUGUUAAAACUACUAACAAUAUUAAUAGAAAAUUAAUAAUAAUAAAUCAUUGCUAUGUUUGUUUACACUGUUAUGUGAAGUAAUGAUUGCAAAAUUAUUGAUGUAAUUAUUUUAAAUAUUUUAAGUAUCAUUGUCCAAAAAAAACAUGUCUA